GCGAAACGCUGAUACAAUCUCUCGCUUUCGAUCUCAAUCCUUGACCACAUCUUUCUCCUGAAUUCACAAUCAUCACAAAUCUCCAAAUCAUCCUUUGACCUCGAAAUACAGUGGCCCAUAAAGCGCACCAAUCAGCCGCUAGCCUCCCCCACUACCCCAGCAUUUCUCCAACCACUACCACGUCGACGCCCACAGCGGGGAAACCACCAUGAAAGUGGCCGUUUUCAGCGCGAAGCCUUACGACAGGGAAUAUCUAUCCCAAGUACACGCUACCCGCUACGGUCUCGCAAAUACAGAUAACCCCCAUGUGGGAUUUGAAGGCUCCCUAGCUCCUCGCACUGAGCUCGUUUUCCACGACUUUCCUCUCUCUGUUGAGACUGUUCCUCUUGCCGUCGGCGCCACUGCCGUCUGUGUCUUCGUCAAUGACACGCUUAAUGGGUCUGUCCUGAAGGCUCUCCGCCAAGAAGGCAUACGAGCCAUCCUCCUCCGGUGCGCCGGGUUCAACAAUGUCGAUCUCAAGGAAGCUGAGCGUCUAGGCUUCUUCGUCGCCAACGUUCCCUCAUACUCACCCGAAGCCGUCGCCGAGUUUGCCAUUGCUCUGAUCCAGACGCUCAACCGCAAGACGCACCGAGCCUACAACCGCGUGCGCGAGGGCAACUUCAACCUCGAUGGCCUGCUCGGUCGUACACUUUACGGCAAAACAGUCGGUAUCAUCGGCACUGGCAAGAUUGGCGUUAGCCUUGCUCGCAUCCUCCAGGGCUUCGGCUGCAAGCUGAUCGCCUACGAUCCCUAUCCUACCGAUUCCUUCAAGCCGUACGGCGAGUAUGCCAGCCUCGACGAAUUGCUUCCCCAAUGCGACUUGGUAUCUCUCCACUGUCCUCUGACAGAUCAGACGAAGCACAUCAUAAACAAGCAGACGCUCGCCAAGAUGAAAAAGGACGCCAUGCUCGUCAACACGUCGCGUGGUGGGUUGGUCAACACAAAGGCCGUCAUUGACGCCCUCAAGAGUCAUCAGCUGGGUGGGCUCGCGCUUGAUGUCUACGAGGGAGAGAGCGCCCUGUUCUACCAGGAUCACAGUGGCCAUAUCAUCCAGGACGAUGAGCUGAUGCGGUUGGCAACGUUCCACAAUGUGAUAAUUUGUGGCCACCAGGCUUUCUUCACGGAGGAGGCGUUGACAGAGAUUGCGGAGUCUACGUUGAGCAAUUUGGACGACUUUAUCAGACGAGUGCCGUGCAAGAACUCGCUGGUUUCUGACGGCCAUUUGCUUGCUCGGAGAGACUCUGUUCCUGUUCGGAUUUGAUGGGUGUAGAUACGAUGCCGCAUAGGGCUCGGGGUUGUAACGGUGGUCACACUAGUUGCAAAUGGUUGCCUCCGACCAACAUGCUAAUUUGCUUUGCAUUGAUAGCUACCCUACCUAGGAAUAACUGACCUCUGCUCUUCCUUGUCUC